AUGGCGGCGUUCUGGCAGCAGCGGGGCCGGCGGCAGGAGCACGGCGGGCUGGGCGGUCUCAUCGACGGGCUGGGCAGCGUGUUCGAUGUGCUGCUGGCCAACGCCAGGCUGGUGCUGGGCGUCAGCGGCGCGGCCGUGCUGGCCAUCGCCACGCUGGCCGUCAAGAGGCUGAUCGACCGAGCCACCAGCCCUCGGGAUGAAGGUGAUCCCAAAGCCGAGCAGAAGACCCUGGAGGAGACCUGGCAGGACUUGGCCUUGAUCAAGACUACACCAAAGUCCCCCAAGAAGCAGAAAAGGGAAGACCUCAGCGAGCCCCUGCUCUCCCCAGCUCGGCCACUGGUGCCAGAUCCCAGGGCAUGCUCUGCCUCUGUGGGGGCUCCUCGGGUGAAGUCCAGCCCUCUGCGCUGCCUCACGCUGCAGGAGAAGCUCCUCUCACACCACAGCAGCCGUCUGGCCGUGCCCGAGAUCCAGGUGUCCCUCGUCCCUCAGCUGGCCAGGAGCAUCAGCACCCAACUGCAGAACUUCCUGCGGAGCAAGUGCCCAGAGCUGCCCUUCGGCCGCCUCUUCCUCAGCGGAGCCCUCCUGGACGGCCUGGAGGUCCUGGCAGCCGACCACAUCCACCUCAUGCUGCCCGUGGUCCUCGACACCGGGCUCUGGAGCCUCAUCCCAGGAGAGGACACCGUGGUGAGGAACCCCCAGUACUGGAUGAUCAAGAGGGUCGAUCUGGGGUAUUUCCCCCGUGGGUGCAGCCCCUGGGACAGGUUUAUGGUGGGCCGGUACCUCUCCUCCAACGUGCUCAACGAGACCCUCCACAAGAUGCUGGUGGCCUCCAUCAACUGGCCUGCCAUCGGCGGCCUGCUGGGAUGUGUCAUCCACCCCGUCGUGGCCUCCCGGGAGCUGAAGCUGGAGGUCAAACAUGAUCAGGUCGAGCUGAGCAUCACCCUCCUCCCAGUGGUGGAAAUGGAGGACAAGGUUCUUCUGGCUGUUCCUCCUGAGGGACUGGUGGAAAACCUCUGGCUCGAGAGCUUUUACAGGGCAGAGGUCUCGAAGGUGAAGGAGCUGGAUGCCGGCGACUCCGGGGCUCGGCAGCGCUGCCUCCGCAUCCUGAACGGUGUCUGCAGGAGCCACCCCACCCUGCACAAACUGGGGGGCAGCCCCGUGACCCACGUCAUCCUGCACCUCAGUGACUCCGGCUCCGACUGGGCAGAGGAAAGCCUGGCUGACAGGUUCCAGCAGGUGCUCGAGGAGCUGGUGGCCUACCUGGAGAAAGGGGUCCUGCCUUCCUAUUUCAACCCCAAAAUCAACCUGUUCUCCGGGCUGUUGGAGGAGGAAAUCGAUGAGAUGGGCUUUGUGCUCUACAGGGCCAUGUCUGAGCCAGAGCUCCUGCUGGAGUGACCAGUGCGUCGGGAGCUCCCGGAUGUGGGAUGUUCCUCACCCGCCUGCUGCUCCCUGCUGUGAGGGCUGCCAUGCUUCUAGUUGACUAGUCAGUAAGAGGCAAAGUUCUUGCACUUUAUGAGAAAAAAAA